AUGGGCGCAGUCUCGCUGCUCUUCGUCGCCAUUCCGGCCUUGAUCCUCCUCCACCUCUACGCCGCUCCUUAUACCAAAGUCGAGGAGUCCUUUCACGUCCAGGCCAUCCAUGAUAUUCUGUCCUAUGGAAUUCCAUCCAGCAACUAUUCUCUCCAUCUUCAGGAAAAUUAUGACCAUUUCUCAUUCCCCGGUGCCGUGCCCAGGACCUUUGUUGGGGCUGUCGUUCUCUCCGGCCUGUCGCGCCCGUUUAUCUGGUUGAAUGAGAGCAUCGAUAGACAAUUUUUGGCACGCGCGAUCCUGGGUUUGCUCAACGCUUCGGCCUUGCUGUCGUAUACAUCCGGCAUUCAACGAGCCUUCGGACGCACCACGGCAGUCUGGUACUUGCUCUUCCAGGCCAGUCAAUUCCACGUCCUCUACUAUGCCUCAAGGAUGCUGUCGAACAUGUUUGCCUUUGGCCUCACCAUGCUGGCGAUGCGAUUCUUGCUUCCAGAACAAGUCGCCUCGGAUGCGUAUAGGAAAAGGUGUCGACUUGCCUUGUACCUCUUGACUAUCGCUGGCAUCGUCUUUCGCUCCGAGAUAGCCCUUUUCCUGGCAACCCAUACUAUCUUUCUCCUUCUAGCUGGCCGCGUUACCAUCCUACAGGAUAUCAUCCCGGCCGGCAUCUUGGGACUCCUGAUCGGGUUGGCCUUCACCGUUGGAGUUGACUCGUUCUUCUGGCAGCAGUUCCCCUUAUGGCCUGAAUUUACUGCAUUCAAAUUCAACGUCAUAUCAGGCAAUGCAUCUGCUUGGGGCACGCACCCGUGGUACUUUUAUUUCUCGAACGCCAUCCCCCGUCUGCUGCUCAAUCCGCUCACCUAUUUGAUCGGAGCACCGAUGGCUCUCGUGCAGCCCGCAACCCGCAGGUCGGCUGCGUAUAUCCUCAUUCCAUCGCUGGCAUUCGUCACAUUUUUCAGCAUCCAGCCCCACAAAGAAUGGCGAUUUAUCGUAUACACAGUGCCCCCUCUCACCGCGGUCUCUGCAUUGGGGGCAUCAUAUAUCUGGACGCACCGGGCCAAGUCUUUCAUCUAUCGCAUUCUAUCUCUCCUAAUGAUCGGCUCGACUUUUGGCUCUUUCGUUCUCUCUACCUUCGUCCUCCUCCCAUCCUCCUCGGCCAACUACCCCGGCGCACAUGCCCUCCAUGCCCUCCACCGCCACGCGCACGACUCUAAACCCGAAAUCUCCGUCUACCUAAACAACCUCGCCUGCCAAACAGGCGUGACCCGAUUCCUGCAACUCCCUCCAUCCGAAUCACCCCUGGUCCACCUCCCCGGUUCACCAGACGGAUCCAUCCCGGCCCUUCAGAGCGGCCACUCAAUCUGGAAAUACGACAAGACGGAAGACGAGGCCACCAAGUCCACCGCUUCAUUCUGGGAACAGUUCGACUACGUUCUCGUCGAACCGGGUGAUGAGGAGAAGAAGGUCCUCGCAGCAUCGGGUCACCCCGAUCAGUGGGAGGUGGUUGACGCAGUUGAUGGAUUUGCGGGGUUGAGGUUCCUCCGUCCGGGUGUCGAUGCGACAGGCCAGGUCGAGAAGAAGGUCCUGCAUAGUAUCUUCGGCCAGGAGGGUGUUCGACUCUGGGAGUCGGGCCGUGAAUUUGUUCGUCGGUCUGUUACUCGGGGCUGGUGGGCCGAGAUCAGGAUGGAACCGAAGAUUAAAAUCUUGCGACAUGUUCAAUAG